UGGAGCACCAUGCAGCAAUUCCAAGAGUAUUUCGUUUCUAGUAUGCAACGUCUGCACUCGCGAAUCAUAGCUGCGACUGACGCCCAACAACACGCGGAUAUGGAGGACGACCUUGAACAUGAUGAGCAUGAGCUAGAUGAUGUUUCUUGUCGAAUGUGGAGACUAUCUUCAGAGCACUACGAAGCAGAUUCCGGACGAACACUGGACAUAUCAUUACCAAGAGGAGAAGCUUUGCUUCAUGUCCUAGAUCAUCACGACGAUGAACCCCAAG